AUGGCGUCGGUGACGUCGUUGGACAAAGAUUUGCGCAAAUUGCGCCUCGACAAAUACACCCCCGGAGCCGCCAAUGAGGCUCGCUCUUGGAUUGAGGGCAUUCUCGGGGAGCGCCUGCCCUCUUCUGAUCUUUUAGAAGGUCUCAAGGAUGGUGUCGCGCUUUGCAACCGAUGCUUGCCAUCGAUAUCGUCCCUGCUACUAACACUUUCCUUGCCUUUCCCGCCCCCUUUGGACAGACUCGUGAACCUUGCCAUCGGCCCUCCGGGCCUCCGGUACAAGCAAUCCGCCAUGCCCUUUGUCCAGAUGGAAAACAUCUCACUCUUCCUCCGAGCUUGCAAGGCGCCGCCUCUCAACCUCCAGGAACACGACGUCUUCCUCACCGUCGACCUAUACGAGCAAAAGGACCCCACCCAAGUCCUGCAGUGCCUCGGCGCCUUUAGCCGCGUCGCCAACAAGCUUAACCCCUCGGGGUUUCCCUCCGCCAUCGGACCCAAGCCCCGCUCCGGCAUCAUGAGCCCCCAGGCCACCGGCGGGCCUAGCGUAACCACGCCCAUUCGCGGGCGAGGCAUCUCCAACGCGAGUAACACUUCUUCGGCCUACGGAAGUCGCACCGUCCUCGCGCCGAGCAAGACGGGCGACUCGGGCUCUGGGCGCUGGAGUCCCACCAAGAGCCCAACCAACGGCUCCACGUCGCCCGGCGUCGCGGUUAGCAGCUGGAGCCGCCGGGAGCACGAGGGCAGCACCGCGCCUGCCUGGAACAUCUCGCAGUACGGGUACAUGGGCGGGGCGAGCCAGGGCAACCUCGGCAUCGCGUUUGGUGGGAGGAGGCAGAUUACCAGCGCGGGCCCCUUCGUGCCCAGCUUAGCCGAUAAGGAGCGCAAGCGCAAGGAGGAGGAGAGGCUCCGGCAGGAGAUGGAGGAGGAGGAAAUGCGACGCAAAGCCGAGCUCGAGGCCGAGGAGGAACGACAGAGGCGGGAGGAGGAGCGCAAGUGGGAAGCGGAGACGAACCGGUUGCGCGAGCAGGAGCGGAAAAAGGUCGAGGAGGAGAAGCGCAAGUGGGAGGAAGAGGAGCGCAUGUGGAAGCUGACUGAAGAAAAGAGGCGCCGCGACGAAGAGGACGCCCAGGCCAAGCUGGAGGCGGAGAGGACGAGGACGAGGAGUCGAAGCCGUUCGGCACUCCGCGGCCAGUACCUGAGCCAAUACCAAGCUGAGACGGGCGGCGCUUCGGGAGGAGCCGGAGGAGGUGGCGGUAGUGGCGGCGGCGAUACCGCGUACUCGGAUAGAAUCAAGGAGCUGGAAAGGAGCUAG